UUAAUCAAACCUCUCUUCCUCCUCCGAAUCCGUUCCUUUCCGAUCCCUUUCUCCGUUCAUACAAAAAACACAAUCAUGAACACUCCAAUCAAACUCGUCUUUCUCUUCCUAUUCGUCGCUGCAACCGCAACCGCUGCGCCUGUCAAACGAACGAACUACCUUUUCACACCGCACGCAAAAGCAGUCGCGGGAAUUUGCACCGUUAUCCCAACAAACACAAGUCUAUGUUGCAAAACCCUUAAACAUGUUCCUACCAAUGACCCCAUCGAAUUAAUCCGAGCAUUAGUGGUUGCGGCUGAAACAUCCGUCAAACAAAGUGUGACUUUCCUCUCUGGAAUCAAACCAAAACACAAAUCAGACGCAACCGCAACGGCAGUGGUCAACAGCUGCGAGAAAAACUUGAACUACGCGUUGGAAGAUUUUGCCGAUUUUUGGAAAGCUACGGGGAAAGAUGUAACGACGUUGGCUCAUAAUUAUUUUACGUGUAAAAAAGAGUUAAUGUCAAUCAUGGGGUAUCAUUCGACUUGUUUGGAUGAUAUAGAGGACAAGAACUUGUUGAAGGAAGUGGAGAUUGGGAUUGGACUUGGGAAGAAUCUAACAAGUGAUUCUUUUGAUGUGUUUAAUAAUUUGAAUACUAUUUUCAAGACUUUUGGUAUUAAGGUGAAGCUUAACGAGGAAGACACUUCGCCCCGACCGCCACCGUUGUCUGAUUAUUACUACUGAUCAUAUUAAGGGAUUGGAUGUAAUAAUUGUAUCGUAUAAUGCCUAGAGCAAUCGCGAAUGGAAUCAUAGAUGGUUGGUUCUGUCAUGUAUGAUUAUACGUCGUUUGUGAUGUAAUGUUGUAGGUUUUAUACAUGUACGGACGGAUUUCGUGAUGAUUGGAAAGGAUAUAUUAAUUAAUGAAAUGUUAUUAUUUUU